AUGCGCUCGUCACUGCGUCUCGCCCAAGGCGCAAAGCAGGCGAAUUGUGGUGCGGCGUUCGGAGGGGAAACGUAUUCUCUUCCGGGACCUUACGCGUGGCGCAACCCCGCAGCCGCCGGCCCAUCAUCAGGCCGUCUUGCCGGGCGUCCCAUCGCAGUCAAGGACAAUAUCUCGUAUGCGGGAGCACCGACGACGUGCUCGUCCCGCAUUCUAGAGGGGUACACGCCGCCCUAUACCGCGGCAUGUGUACAGCGCCUUGUCGACGAGGGUGCGCACAUCGUGGGCAAGACGAAGAUGGACGAGUUUGGAAUGGGAUCUGAGAACACGCACAUGCCAGAGGGCUGGGCACCGGUACCCAACCCCUCUGGGCCGGCUGGUGAAGCGCGUUCAGUGGGCGGAAGCUCUGGUGGCUCAGCGGCCGCCGUUGCGGAAGGAAGUGCCGCAUUAGGAACGGACACGGGCGGGUCGGUGCGCCUGCCAGCGUCGUUCUGCGGUGUCGUGGGCCUCAAACCGAGCUACGGCAUGAUCAGCCGGUACGGCGUGGUGUCUUACGCCGACAGCCUGGACUGUGUUGGUGUACUUGGCUCCACAAUCGACGUAGUGGAGGAGGUAUUCGGCGUCCUCUCCGGCCCAGACGGACGGGAUAUGACGUGCGCCAGCGCCCAAACGCGCGAGCGUGCGGCGGAGAUCGCAGCAGCUGCGCCAAGCAGUUUGGAGGGCCUGCGUAUUGGUCUCCCUGUCCAGACGCACGUCGAGGGGGCAUAUCAGAUUCCCCGCGCACUGCUUGAACACCUCAAGUCCCAAGGUGCAGAACUCGUACCCGUUGACAUUCCGGCACUCCGCCUCUCCCUCCCCGCGUACUAUGUGCUCGCGACGGCCGAGGCGGCAUCUAAUCUCGGCCGGUUCGGGGGAUCGUGGUGGGGUUCAUCGUGGGAGCGGACGCGGGAUGACGAUAGUGGGGUGGAACGCCGGCGCCGAAUCCGAUCCGAAGGGUUUGGGUACGAGGUCCGCAAGCGUAUUUUGGCGGGUACACAUGCGCUCACGGCCGACGCGUUCAAUAACUCGUACCUCAAGGCGCUGGCGUUGCGGCAUGAUUUGAAGCAGCAGUAUGCCGACGUGUUUGCGCUCCCACAUCCCGCCAAGGGGGUAGGAAGGGAGGGAGGCGUCCACGUCCUCCUCCACCCCACGGCCAUUGGGCCUGCUCCUCGACUGCAAGACGACGGGAAGGGAGAGGACGCCCGAUACCAGUACCUCCAGGACGUGCUUACCACGAGCGCCAACCUUGCUGGCUUGCCUGCCAUGAGUGUGCCUGCCAGCCGUGUGGACGGCUGGCCGGUCGGCGUGAGCGUCGUCGGCCAGUGGGGGACAGAGGAUGUCGUGUUCCGCACCGGACGGGGCAUCGAGGAGUGGGCGAAGGCGAGCGGUUCGUCGUAG